UGCACUUUACCCCGUCACCUGAAAAGCUACUCGCAUUGUUAUUGAAAUCUUAUGAACGGGGCCAUUCUUGGUGAGCCAUUGAUGCGGUGGUAUCAGCUCGGGUAACAAUGUUGCAUUCAUGGGAAUCGCUACAGAUAUGCCUCUCUUGUCCUGGUUUGCCUCUCCUUCUCCAUUGCCAUUUCCCUCUUUAUCUGUUGGUCGGAGAGAGGAUCGAGAGCUCCGCUUCUUCUCCAUCGCCGCCGCCGCCUCUCUCCUCUCUCACGGGGUUUCGUCGUUGCCUUCUAAUCUGAGGGUAUGGUAAAAUUUGUCUGACAAUUUGGUGCUGCCUGAAGGUGCUGCGAAGAUCUGUGAAGUUGUUUCCCCUUUAGAAGGAGAGAUGGCUGGUUCUUUGGUUCAAUUGACAAUUCUUCCUAGUGCUCUGGCAAACAGGAGACAAAGUCAGCUUCGGGGCUCUGGAAAGGCUAAAAGGGGUGCUAAAAUGAUGUGCCAACUGCAAAUGCACCCCCUACGACUUCCAGGCUUUGCAGGCUUGCGAAGAGCAGAUAAUUUGGAGUUCUUCUCAAGAAAUCGACAUGAUUUUCAUUCAUUGGUUUCAGUAUAUGUCUCCUAUGCAUGGGGAAAAGCCAGUCGAGGGGUUGCUAAAGCCAUGUUUGAGCGCUUUACGGAGAAGGCAAUCAAAGUUAUUAUGCUUGCUCAAGAAGAAGCAAGACGGCUGGGCCACAACUUUGUUGGAACAGAGCAGAUACUGUUGGGCCUUAUUGGCGAAGGGACUGGUAUUGCUGCAAAAGUUUUAAAAUCAAUGGGAAUUAAUCUUAAGGAUGCCCGGGUGGAAGUGGAAAAGAUUAUUGGAAGAGGAAGUGGAUUUGUUGCUGUUGAGAUACCUUUUACUCCACGUGCAAAGCGUGUUUUAGAACUCUCUUUGGAGGAAGCUCGCCAGCUUGGUCACAACUACAUAGGAUCUGAGCACUUGCUUCUUGGGCUUCUUCGUGAAGGUGAAGGUGUGGCUGCUCGUGUUCUUGAAAGUCUUGGAGCUGAUCCAAGCAACAUACGUACCCAGGUUAUUCGAAUGGUCGGUGAAAGCACUGAAGCUGUUGGUGCCGGGGUAGGAGGAGGAAGCAGUGGCAAUAAGAUGCCCACACUUGAGGAGUAUGGAACUAAUUUGACAAAGUUGGCAGAGGAAGGAAAGCUAGAUCCAGUCGUUGGCAGGCAGGAUCAGAUAGAACGCGUUACACAAAUUUUGGGAAGGCGUACAAAGAAUAAUCCAUGCCUAAUUGGGGAGCCUGGUGUUGGAAAGACAGCCAUUGCAGAAGGUCUUGCUCAACGCAUAGUUAAUGGAGAUGUUCCAGAAACAAUUGAAGGAAAAAAGGUGAUUACCCUUGAUAUGGGUCUUCUUGUUGCUGGUACUAAAUAUCGUGGAGAGUUUGAAGAAAGAUUAAAAAAGUUGAUGGAGGAAAUUAAGCAAAGUGAUGAAAUAAUACUCUUCAUUGAUGAAGUACACACAUUGAUUGGAGCAGGAGCAGCAGAAGGUGCCAUAGAUGCUGCUAAUAUAUUAAAACCAGCUCUUGCAAGAGGUGAAUUGCAGUGUAUUGGAGCCACAACACUUGAUGAAUACCGGAAACAUAUCGAGAAGGAUCCUGCUUUGGAGAGACGCUUUCAACCUGUAAAGGUUCCAGAACCAACAGUAGAUGAAACAAUACAGAUUCUUAGAGGGCUUCGUGAAAGAUAUGAAAUUCACCAUAAACUUCGUUACACUGAUGAGGCUUUAAUUGCUGCUGCUCAGUUGUCCUAUCAGUAUAUUAGUGAUCGAUUCCUACCUGAUAAAGCAAUUGACUUGAUUGAUGAAGCUGGGUCUCGUGUUAGGCUUCGCCAUGCGCAGCUUCCUGAGGAGGCAAGAGAACUUGACAAAGAGCUUAGGCAGAUUACAAAAGAGAAAAAUGAGGCAGUUCGCAGCCAAGAUUUUGAAAAGGCAGGGGAAUUGCGUGAUCGGGAGAUGGAGCUGAAGGCUCAGAUCUCAGCCUUAAUUGACAAGGGCAAAGAAAGAAGCCAAGCAGAGAGCGAGGCUGGUGAUUCAGGUCCUGUUGUAACAGAAGCAGACAUACAACACAUUGUAUCUUCUUGGACUGGAAUUCCUGUGGAGAAAGUCUCAAGUGAUGAGUCUGACCGUCUUCUUAAGAUGGAAGAAACUCUCCAUAAACGUGUGAUCGGCCAGGAUGAGGCCGUCAAAGCGAUAAGCCGUGCCAUUCGUCGAGCUCGUGUUGGUCUCAAGAACCCCAACCGCCCAAUUGCUAGCUUCAUAUUUUCUGGUCCAACUGGUGUUGGAAAAUCAGAAUUGGCCAAGGCACUAGCUUCGUAUUAUUUUGGCUCUGAGGAAGCCAUGAUCCGACUCGAUAUGAGUGAGUUCAUGGAGAGGCACACUGUUUCCAAGCUCAUCGGCUCACCACCUGGUUAUGUUGGUUACACUGAGGGUGGUCAGCUUACCGAAGCAGUUCGUCGUCGCCCUUACACGGUUGUCCUCUUUGAUGAGAUAGAGAAAGCCCACCCUGAUGUUUUCAACAUGAUGCUCCAGAUUCUGGAAGAUGGGAGAUUGACGGACAGUAAGGGGCGAACAGUAGAUUUUAAGAAUACCCUCUUGAUCAUGACCUCCAAUGUCGGGAGCAGUGUGAUCGAGAAAGGAGGGCGUAGGAUUGGUUUUGAUCUUGACUAUGAUGAGAAGGAUAGCAGCUACAACCGAAUCAAGAGCCUUGUUACGGAGGAGUUGAAGCAGUACUUCCGGCCAGAAUUUUUGAAUAGGCUAGAUGAAAUGAUUGUUUUCCGACAGCUGACGAAACUGGAGGUCAAGGAAAUUGCUGAUAUAAUGCUCAAGGAGGUAUUUGACAGGCUGAAAGCCAAGGAUAUAGAGCUCCAAGUGACAGAGAGAUUCAAGGAUAGGGUGGUGGAGGAAGGUUACAACCCAAGUUACGGAGCUAGGCCACUUAGAAGAGCCAUAAUGAGGCUCCUGGAGGAUAGCUUGGCUGAAAAAAUGUUGGCUGGGGAGAUCAAGGAGGGUGAUUCGGCUAUUGUGGAUGCCGACUCUGAAGGAAAUGUUACAGUUCUCAAUGGCGGGAGCAGUGUGCCUGAAUCAAUGCCCCCGGUCGUUCCUGUAUAGAAUCAGUAUCCUGUGGCAUCACCAUGGCACGAUGCCAUGUUUACAAGGGUAGGGGAAGGGAAACACCUGUUUGAUCCCCCAUUUCACAGCAUCCAGAUGAUUCAUAUGUGAGGAUAUUAACAGCAAAGUUUCCUGUUACGAGAGAACCCAAUCAUUGGAUUGUCUUAAAUCAUAUGAAAAUAUAAAAAAAAGAUGCUAGGACUGAAGUGAGACAUGGAUGAGGGAUUAUGAUCUUAUGUUAUCAUCUGUGUUGGAUGUGGGUAAAUGACUUUGAAUGAAUCCGAGACAGCAUUGCGAUAUCAUUGUUUCUUGAUCGAUGAAAAGAACAGGUUUAGUUGUAGAUCAUGGUAUUUGGUAACAGUAAGUGAUGGUGUACGACAAGACUAAUUACCUGGUGCUUGUGAUGUCCAGUUUACCUGUGAUAAUGUUCAUUUGCUUGUUGGGUAACUUCGCUUGAUCCUUUUAUCAUUGCUGCGGAUGACUGCACACUCGUCUUUCGUUCUCACACAGGAUUUGCUGAUGAUCAUGGAACCAUGUGGGUUGUUAGGAGUUGGGUUGCUGAUGAUCAUGGAACCUUUUCUCUUUUAUGGAAACCAUCAGUUGAAUCAGUCCGA